UAUUUUAAAAAUGCCAAGAUGUUAAAAUAAAAAAAAAUAAAACCCAAGUACAAUGCUGAUAGUUUAGAAAAAUCAAUUAUGUUAGUAUGUGAAGAAAAAAAAUCUAUCAUGCUGCUAAAGAUUGUUCUGUACCUAAAGAAACAUUGAGGUGAAGAAUAAAACAACAAGAAUUUAAUGCAAACAAACAUAAAGAUCGAAAAAGUGUGCUGAGUGAUAAUGAUGAAACUAUGAUUGUAGCUGCAGCUCAGUAUUGUCAAAGAUAUGGUCUUCCAUUAGAUUCUCUUGACAUUUGUAAUUUAGUUGCUCAAUUUUGCACAGCCAUGAGGAUGAAAACUCCUUUUAAAAAUGGAAUUCCUGGAAAAGAUUGGAUAAUUUCUUUUAGGAAGUGUCAUGUUGAUAAACUUCGAUUACGUAAACCUGAAAUACUUACAUUUUCAAGAGCUAAAAGUUUAACACAUGAAGUUAUAGAUAAUUUUUUUACUAUUUUAUCUGAUGUAAUCCAUAAUAAUAACAUAGUACAAAGUAGUAUAUACAACCUUGAUGAGACUGGGCUCUCCACAAACCACUUAGCAAAGAUAGUAUUUGUACAUCCAAAAAGCAAAGAUGCUUAUGAAUUGGCUGCCUCUUCUGGUAAAGCUAUCUAUUCUGUGCUGUUCUGUGUGUCUGCAGAUGGAAGAUAUCUUCCACCAUUUGUUGUUUUUAAGGGAGAAAGCUAUCUGUAUUCUAAAUGGAUAGAAAAUGGACCACUAGGAUGUGCUUUUGGUGCAACAGCAAGUGGAUGGAUGCAAGACUUUCUAUUUGAAAACUGGUUUGUCAAGCACUUCAUACCAUUUGUUGACCAAGAUUAAAAACUAAUACUCUUGCUUUAUGAUGGUCAUGGCAGUCAAUUAACAUAUGGUACCAUAAAAGCGGCUAUGGAUAACCAUAUCCAAAUUGCUUGUCUUCCAUCAAAUUGUUGACACACGUUACAACCAUUAGAUGUGGCUGUCUUUGGACCAUUAAAGAAUGAGUGGAGAAAAAUUUUAAAGCGGUUUUCAAGAGAAAUACAACACAAAAAUAUUGAAAAGAAAGCUUUUACAGGAUUAUUGAAACAACUGUGUCAGAGACUCUCUCCAGCAAAUGUUAUAGCAGGAUUUCGUGGUACAGGUAUCUCACCAUUAAGUAAAGAAAAGGUGGAAAGAAGAAGAACAGGUAUUGACUUUCUCAAUCAAUCACCUGAACGUUAUAGCCCUAAAUCUCCAAGAUUACAAACAACAAGAUUGGUUAUGCGAGAAGCUUUAAGGUCAAUUAUAUGUCCUAAUGUAUCUGCAGAAACAGCAGCAAUAAUAGAACAACAAAAACAAAAAAGGAAGAGAGUACAAGCAAAAUGUGGAGAACUCCUUACAAAUGAGAAAGUCAAACGACAGUUACUUGAGGAACAAAGAGUUAGAGAGGAAAAAAACCAAGUUAAAAAAAAAUGUACAAAAAAAACUAUUACCUCUACCAAAGUAGUAAAGAAAUACCCAAAAAGAUCUAAAAAGUGCCUAAUGUUACGAAUGUUACGAAUGUUACGAGAAACGUGCAGUGAUCAUAAAAAUAGUUAAUUUUUAUAAAACACAUUAAAACAUUA